AUGUGUGACGAAGCCUGGUGUUAUAAAGAGGAACAACUUUCAAUUUGUGUUAGAUACACUGUGAAAUUACAAGCGUAUGAAAGAUUUUUAGGAUUUGUGAAUGUAUCAUCGGGCCAGGAUGCAGAUCAUAUUGUCUCUUCUAUCAUCAGUUAUUUUGAAUCUAACAAAGUCGAUUUGAAAACUUUAAGUAUAAUUGCCCAAUCAUAUGAUGGGGCAAGUGUGAUGUCGGGUUGCUUAGGAGGAGUUCAAGCUAAAAUUAAACAGUUGUAUCCUUGUGCUAUCUAUACGCACUGCAUGGCACAUCGGUUAAAUCUUGUUGUAGUGGACAUGUGUAAAAAUAUAAAGAGUGCUCGUACUACAUUCAAUGUAUUAGAAGCAAUAUAUGUACACUUUUCACGACCCUCAAACAACAAAAAAUUAUGUGAUAUUCAAAUGCAAUUGGGCUUAAAGAAAGGAACCGUACUAAGAAUCUGUGACACUAGAUGGGUGUGCCGUUAUAAAAAUUGUCAAGCUAUGUUAUUAAACUUUAAAAGUAUUAUUGAAUUUCUUACAAUUGAAGUUGAUGAAAAUAAUGACAAAUAUGCUGCUCAAGCAUUAGGUAUAUUAACUUCAAUUCCAAAACCAGAGUUUUUAAUUUUAAUAACUAUUAUAAAAACUGUUUUGGGUAUUAUAAAUGUCUUGAGCAACAAACUGCAAUGUAAAUCUGCUACUCUUGGAAACUCUUCUAAUGUUGUUCAAAGUAUCAUCACUACUUUUGAAAAUAUGAGAUCUGACAGAGAAUUUACAGAAAUAUGGCAGACAAUUACAAAAUUAGCAAAUGAAAAUAAUGUUGAAUUAUCCACAGCAUGUUACAAACGUAAACGCAAAGAGCCUAAUGCUCUUAAAGAAUAUGUUGUAACAACUACUACUGGACAAGAGUGUGAUGAUGAGCAAACGGAUACAUCAGUUAAGGUAUUUUGGAGAAGAACAGCAUAUAUGGCAGUUAUUGAUACUACAUUAGCUAAUCUAAAGUAUAGAUUUUCAUAUGAUAGUUUGAAAUUGGCAAACUCAAUCGAUAGUUUUUGUAAAAUGGACUAUAAUAAUGGACUUUAUUUCAUCGAACACUACAAGGUAAAUUUAAGUUAA